AUGGCUGAUGCCGGACAAUGGUUCAAGCAACUGCCAAAAUUUACAAGAUAUUGGCUUGCGGGCACAAUAUCAAUGAGUCUACUGACCCGCUUUGGAAUCCUCCCCUUGCAACACAUGUAUCUGGCCCGUGAUUUGGUCUUGGGCAAAUUGCAUCUAUGGCGUUGUGCUACCAGCCUGUUUGUCUAUCCGUUGACACCAUCAACAGGCUUUCAUUUCUUAAUCAAUUGCUAUUUCAUUGUACAGUACAGCGCACGCCUGGAAAAAGAUCAAUUCGGACGAAGUCCGGCUGAUUAUUUGUACCUACAGUUAAUAGUAUCGGCUUUGGCCGUGUUGGGUGGACUUCUCUUCAAUGUAGCUUUCUUAAUGGAUCUACUCGUUGUUGCGGUGACAUACAUCUGGUGUCAACUAAAUAAAGAUGUGAUUGUAAACUUUUGGUUUGGCAGCCGCUUUAAGGCCAUCUACUUGCCAUGGGUAUUAGCUGGUAUGGAACUCAUAUUCCAAGGAUCCAUUGCCUCGUUGAUAGGAAUUUUUAUAGGCCACUUUUAUUACUUCCUCAAAUUCCAAUAUCCCCAAGAAUUGGGUGGUAACGCUUUCCUUGAAACACCAAGCAUACUCAAACAAUAUGUACCCGAUGUAAGUGGUGGCAUUAGCUAUUUUGGUGUACCACCCGCAACCAGAGCCCCACAAAGACCAGCUGCAGCUGGAGGCGCCGGUGCUUUCCCCAAUGCCUGGGGCCGUGGCAAUACUUUGGGCCAUUAACUUAAUAUA